AUCUGUAUGGCGGAAAAAAAAAAAAGAGAAAGAAAUCUGGGGAGCUUAAAAUAGAGAGCAGAAAGUGGGAGCACGGGAAAGAAAAGAAAACAAAGCACAUCUGAGCUGCUCUGCUCAGUCGGCCGGCGUACCUAACGUUCUCCUCUAUCGCCAUGGCAGCUUGUCGCGCAAAACUCUCGAGCUAUGAUUCUCUGUUUCUCGCCUGCUUCUCUCUGGUUAUCAUUCAUGCUUCCUUAGUCAGUUCCCUCACUCCAUCCAGGGAGCUGAAAUCACUCGGCUCCUCCUUCGAUGAUUGUCAAGCGUGUGACGAGACUCAGGACACUUCAUCUGCUUCUGGACGAGGAAAUCCUCUAAAUCAAAAGGAUAUUGACAUAAUUGCGAGCUACAGUGACCCUUCUGGCAGAAUGCGUGUCAGUAGGGUGAAAAUGAAGAGCCUUUCUGCAUCGUGGGUGCUUGAGAACCCUGUAGACACUGCUGAGAAUGAUGGACAAAACAGUACUGCCCAGACAUCGAAAUAUUUGUCCGAAGCUGGGAACUUUCCUAAAGGUAAUGCUCAGAAGAAAGUGAAUAGUCGUCAAAUUGGAGAAGGCGAAACCCAGUACCCUCCAAAGCUCAUGAAUCCAGUGAAGCUCAAGCGUCGGGUGAAUUGCCAGUAACUUGCUGCUUUUUACUAAACCGUGCAUGUUUCUGCCAUUUAACUUGAAUGCUUCAUAGUUUCACCUCUUCAGAAGGAGCGGCAAAUGAGGAAGGAUCUUCGAACUGCAGAGCUGAUCAAAGAUGACAAGGAAGCUGACAUGAAGACCCAGUUAGCUGCUUUAGAGCAGUCUAAAGCACUGGACACAACUAUUACAGGAAAGUACAGCAUAUGGAGGAAAGAUUUUGAGAAUCCAAAUUCUGAUGCUGUGCUUAAACUCAUGCGGGACCAGAUGAUAAUGGCCAAGGCAUAUGCCAAUAUCGCCAAAUCUAAUAAUGAAACAGGGCUUUACACAUCUCUCAUGAAACACUCCAGAGACAGUCAACAUGCCAUUGGCGAAGCAACAUCUGAUGCUGAACUUCACCCAAGUGCACUUGCUCGAGCAAAAGUCAUGGGUCGUGUUCUCUCUAUGGCCAAAGAUCGGCUUUAUGAUUGUCCGACAAUGUCGAGGAAGUUAAGGGCAAUGCUGCAGUCUGGUGAGGAGCAUUUGAACGCUUUGAGGAAAAAGAGUGCCUUCUUGAUUCAGCUGGCUGCCAAAACGGUUCCAAAACCGUUGCAUUGUCUUCCAUUACAGCUUGCUGCUGAUUAUUUCCUGCAGGGUCAUCAGAACAAGCAUUAUUUCAACAGUGAAAAGCUUGAAAUUCCUUCUCUUUACCACUAUGCCAUAUUUUCUGACAACGUGUUAGCAACUUCUGUGGUUGUCAAUUCCACUGUGCUGCAUGCAAAGGAACCCGAGAAACAUGUCUUCCAUGUGGUGACAGAUAAACUGAACUUUGCUGCCAUGAAAAUGUGGUUCAUUGUGAACCCUCCAGCACAAGCAACAAUUGAGGUGCAGAACAUAGAUGAUUUCACGUGGCUGAAUUCCUCUUACUGUUCUGUCCUGCGUCAACUUGAAUCUUCUAGGGUUAAGGAGUACUACUUCAAGGCGAACCACCCUUCUUCUCUAUCUGCUGGGUCUGACAAUCUGAAAUAUAGGAAUCCGAAAUAUCUGUCUAUGCUGAAUCAUCUUAGAUUCUACCUUCCUGAAGUGUACCCAAAGCUGGAUAAGAUCCUGUUUCUGGACGAUGACAUUGUUGUUCAGAAGGAUCUAGCGCCACUUUGGUCUAUUGAUCUUCAAGGGAUGGUGAACGGAGCAGUGGAGACAUGCAAGGAGAGCUUCCACAGGUUUGAUAAAUAUCUCAACUUCUCGAAUCCUAAAAUCAAUGAGAACUUCCAUCCAAAUUCUUGUGGCUGGGCAUUUGGUAUGAACAUGUUUGACUUGAAGGAAUGGAAGAAGCAGAACAUCACCGGCAUCUACCAUUAUUGGCAAGACCAGAACGAGGAUAGAACACUAUGGAAACUGGGGACAUUGCCGCCGGGAUUGAUAACGUUCUAUAACCUGACGUAUCCUUUGGAUAGAGGGUGGCAUGUGUUGGGACUUGGAUAUGAUCCUGCCUUGAAUCAAACAGAGAUAGAGAAUGGGGCAGUGGUGCAUUACAAUGGGAACUACAAGCCGUGGUUGGAUCUGGCUAUAGCCAAGUACAAGCCCUAUUGGUCCAGAUACGUUAAGUUCAACAAUCCUUACCUUCUUGAGUGCAACAUCAGUGAAUAGAACCAUCCAUCCGGCCGGCUAACUUCUUGCACUGCAGCACUCCCCCUUCCUCCUUUCUCUGUGUUUGGGAUUGCUUUGCUCUCCUGUUUGGCUUUUUCUUUGUAAGCCAUCACAUAAAUUUUGGUAAGAUGACGGGAUGAUAGCUUAGCUUAGAAUGUUGAUGGCUUUUGGGUCCGUGUAUCUCUGAAACCUUUAAUUAUAUCUCUACUGGCACUGUCGAAGGAUGCUGGAAGAGAAUUGCUAAACUCGGAGCUAACUGGGCAAAUAAAGUUUUGUGCCACUGGCAUGAAAGCUUCAAAUGAAAAA